AAUUAGCGGUGGCAGAUCCAGCCAACGUAGAGGCAUUCAAUGUUUAUGAAGGUGCCGAAGAAAUAGUAGAAGAGGGGGAAGCGGAGGAAACUAGAUGCCUUCUGGCAGAUUGCCAAGCUGCUUCAAUUUUUAGAAUGGCGUCAUACUUUGAUAGAGUAGAAGACGAGGAUUUUCUUGAUUAUAUUGUUGAGGAGG